AUGGUCUUCGUCUGCGAUCCUGGCUUGGCCCGACGAGAGUGGCGCAAGGGCAUCGUGGAGGAGAUCUACAGCGGAGCUGAUGGAGUCGUCAGACGCGCUAAGGUGCGCGUGAACGACAACGGCCUAUCUAGGACAAUGAUGCGACCCGUCUCUAAACUUGCAGUUUUGGAUUUGAGUGAAGCGAGGAGUCGCAGCCAGCGACAUUGGCGUCGCAGUCAGCGACAUAGAGGGACGCAGCCAGCGUCGAACGCCGAUACGAACGGGUCGCAGCCAGCGACAAGGAGACGCAAGAAGCGUCAUUUGUGGAGACCGCAGCCAGCGGUCAGAAGGCGCAAAGAGCGCCAAGCAUCCGUGGCCGCAGCUAGCGGCACGAGGCGUCAAAGACGCCAUUUUGGACGCGUAGAGGCGCCGCCAUUUUGGACGCGCAGAGGCGCCGCCAUUUUGGAGCUGGGGAAGAUGCAGCAUUCCCCCAGGAAGAGUGCCCGGCUGAACGGAGGAGAAGCCACCCCUAUAACAACAGUGAGUCAGCAGCCAGCCAGUAGUGGAGCAGAAACUCGGACGCGGGUGAACAUCACGGCGGCGUCGAUUCCUUGCCCGGCCACUACGGUGACUACAGUAGCUUCCCAACCUAGAAGUACUGCUGUCACAGCGGCGAGUUCAGUACCGGAGGUGAACCAGCCCCUCGCGUUGGAACUCAUGGAGAGGAUCGCAGCGUUGGAGAGGGAGCUGGAGAAGGCUAGAUCCCUGGAAAGCGUGAGCACCGCCAAUUGCGCGCCAAUCGCAGUUGGCCCAAGCGCAGUUGGCGCCAACAGUGGAGCGUCGGGGCGGCCGCCAUUUUGGAGCGGCCAGCCAAUACCCACAUCUAACGGAGAGGCCUUACAUAACGGGGUCGGGUCGGUGCCAUACAACGGUGACGGUGCGAGCGGUGCGGCCUGCACGCUGCCGCCAUCUUCGAGUGGACCGCCAUUGCUAACGACUAGCAACCAUUUUGUGGAGCCACUCACUUGUCGGAUCCUACGCCGCGACGACGCCGAGUGGAAUCCAGGGAGCAUAUGGGCCGAGGAGUGGCCGAUCUUCAGCUGUGCGUUCGUGGAGACGACCCGAGCGUACAACUGCACGGACCUGGAGAAUAACCAGAGGUUGUUGAAGGCGCUGAAGGAUGAAGCGCGCGAGGCAGUGAAGGCGCUAUUGAUUCAUCCAGGAAAUGUCAGCGCCGUGAUGGAGCAGCUGCGCUUUAGGUUCGGACGACCGGAGCAGCUUAUACACAGCCAGCUCAACAACGUGCGAGAGGUGCAGCCAAUUUCGGAGCACAAUUUGGCCUUCUUGCAGUCAGCGAAGGCGGAGCAGCACCUGGGGAACCCAACCCUCAUGGAGGAGCUUGUGGCCAAGCUGCCAACGAGCAAGCGAGUGGACUGGGCCAGGCAUGCUGCAACGAUUGCGCCCUUUCCCACUGUAGUCCACUUCAGCGCGUGGCUACAGGAGUACGCAAACGUGGUGUGCACGGUUUUGGACGUCGAGGGAAAGGAGCCGAGGCGUCAACAGGAUGAUCGGCAUGGAGGUUGUCCCAUCUGUGGAGAACAGCAUGGAAUAUUGAACUGCAGAGAAUUUAUUGGAGCCUCGCCACAGGAAAGGUGGAGCAAUGUGAAGAGGCAUCGGCUCUGCUUCGUAUGCCUGCGAAGCGGGCACACGGCUAGAUCCUGCUAUACGCAAGGUGAGUGCCAGAUUAAUGGAUGCCGAAGGGAGCAUCACCGUCUGCUACAUGGUGCGGCCAGGAGGCCUUCGCUACGAGGUGGUCACAGGGACCAGGAGAGGAACCGGCAGCCAGCCGUUCCCAGCAACAGCCUGGAGAGAGGAGCUCCGCGUGAAGCGGGAACGCCCAUGCAGAGGAAUUUGAGCUGCGUUGACGCCGAAGGAGGCCGUCUACUGUUCCGUAUACUGCCGGUUACGCUGUACGGAGCGGGGCGAAAGGUGGAUACGUAUGCUCUCCUAGAUGAGGGUUCCUCCGUCACGAUGAUCGAUGACGAGCUACGAAAGGAUCUUGGAGUGCAAGGAGAGCGUCGGCAGCUAAAUAUCCAAUGGUUUGGAGGUAAGGCAACCAGAGAGCCUACCAACGUGGUGAGUCUGAAGAUAAGUGGAGUUGGAAAGCCCACUCGCCAUGUAUUGAAAAACGUUUAUGCCGUUUCGAGUUUGAGUUUGCCGAUGCAGACAUUGAACCGACGAGAUGUCCAGGGCGUGCACAGGGAUGCGCGUCUGACGAUGAAGCCUUACAGCAACGUGGUGCCGAAGCUGCUCAUCGGCCUGGAUCACGGACAUCUGGGGUUGCCACUUAGGACGAGACGGUUCGCUCGAGAGGGACCGUAUGCGGCCGCAACCGAGCUGGGCUGGGUUGUGUUUGGGCCUGUAAGUGGGCAACCGACCACGCCGUCACCGAGGUCCUGCCUACUUGCCGUGUCAGUGGAUGACGCGAUGGAAAAGGUGGUGGAGGACUACUUCGACAUGGAGAACUUUGGAGUGAAGCCCGCGCCGCCGGUCGCAGCCAGCGACGAUGUUCGGGCCCAAAGGAUACUCGAAGACACCACGGUGAAAGUGGGGCGUCGCUACCAGACGGGAUUACUCUGGAAGGACGACCACGUUGUGCUGCCACCGAGCUAUGAGAUGGCGUACAGGAGGCUGGUCAACGUCGAGAAGAAGAUGAAGCGCAACAAGCCGUUGGCGCAGGAAUACGAUCGGAUUAUAAAGGAUUACGUGUCUAAAGGAUACGCGAGGAGGCUGCAGCCGGAGGAGGUCGCGGUAAGGAGCGAUCGCCUAUGGUAUUUGCCACAUUUUGGUGUCGAAAACCCAAACAAGCCCGGCAAGGUACGGCUUGUGUUUGAUGCUGCAGCCAAAGUUGGAGGAGCCUCGCUAAAUUCGGAGCUGGACAAAGGGCCUCAGCACUAUAAGCCUUUGCCGGCUGUGCUCUUUCAUUUCAGAGAGGGAGCCGUCGGAGUCUGCGGUGACAUCAAGGAGAUGUUCCACCAAGUGCUGAUCCGACCCGAGGAUAGAUGUUCCCAACGAUUCCUCUGGAGAGAUGGCGACGACGAGAGAGAUCCGGAUGUCUACGAGAUGAACGUAAUGACGUUUGGAGCAGCCUGCUCGCCGAGCGCUGCGCAUUACGUGAAGACUAUGAAUGCCCUGAAGUAUCGGGAUUCGGAUCCGAGAGCGGUCAAGGCCAUCACCGACUACCAUUAUGUGGAUGACUACGUGGACAGUUUCGCUACAGAGAGCGAGGCUAUCAGCGUAUCUACCCGAGUGAAGGAGAUACACAAGGAUGCUGGAUUCGAAUUAUGCAAGUUUUCAUCCAGCUCACCCACCGUGGAGACGGCUUUAGGACCUGGUCGAGUCAAGAGCGUCGGAUGGGGUGAGGCUGAAGAGAAAAUCCUCGGAAUGCGUUGGCAAGUAGCAACAGAUGACUUCAGAUUCAACGUGGAGUAUCAUCGAGUGCCAAGCAGCGUCCUGAGUGGAGAUCGAGUCCCUACGAAGAGGGAAUAUUUGAGCCUGGUGAUGUCAACGUUUGAUCCCCUGGGAUUCCUGUGCUGCCUCAUGGUUACAGCGAAGCUGCUGCUGCGAGAGAUUUGGAGGCAGAAGAUCCAGUGGGACGAACCACUACCGGAGGAGUUAGGCAAAGCCUUUGCGAUUUGGCGCAAAGAGAUGGACGCCGUGGGACAGUUCCGAUGUCCGCGCCAUUAUUUUGGGCGUGGAGCAGUCCGGGCCGUAGAGUUGCACGUCUUCGUGGAUGCUAGUCAGGCAGCAUUCGCGGCGGUGGCCUAUUGGAGGGUCACACAUGAGGACGACGACGUGCAAGUGAGCUUCGUGAGUGCGAAGACGAAGUGUGCCCCAAUGAGAACGAUGACGAUCCCACGGCUGGAGCUGCAGGCAGCAGUUCUUGGAACCAGGCUGUUGAACACUGUCAAGGAGGAGCACAGUGUGGUCAUCACGGACCUGGUGUUAUGGACGGACUCUAAGACGGUACUGAGAUGGAUCGGCAGCCCCCACCGCCGGUAUAAGCAGUUUGUUGGCAACCGCGUGGCAAUACCAUAG